CAAAGUUCCAGACUUUGGGAAUUAUACAUAAAUUUGUUUUUUUUUUCAUUUUCAAAACACUGUUCUCUGCUUUGUGUGGGGAUAUUUUGUUUGUUUUUUGUUGUUGAAAAUAUAUUGGGGAAUUUAUGAGGCUGGAGAGAGCUUCCUUCCUUUAUGGUGAAACUGCUGUAGAGCUUCUAUUCUUUGCUUUUUGUUAGUGGAGAGAUACUGUUAGUCCUGAUAGGCUUUGGAAGGAAACAAAUACCCUGUUCAUGGUGAAACUGGUAACUCACUCUCUCUCUCCUUCUCACACAUGCAAGUCACGGUCUUUUCUCCAUGAAUUCUGUCUUUCUGUGAGAAGUUGUUGAUGUGCUCUGCUUGCUGAGAAACUGGGAGUUAUCAGAGAUGAGGUUUUGAUUCAAGAUGGUGGUGCAAAAGAGAGACUUUCUUGGAUGUGUGUGUUCUUGCCUUCAUGCUGCUAUAGGAGGAUAACCAUGGAAGAUUCAUCUGAGAAUGCUUGGCAGAGGUCUAUUAGUUCUCGGGAUUUGAAUGCUUCCAGAGUCUCAAACCGGAAUCCAAGGCUUAAUCAUGGUAGAAGAUUCGGCUUCUUGGGUGGUUCAUCGCAGGAUUCGGAUUUGAGGAAUGAAAGAGAUGGGGUUGUGGUGGCACACACUGAUGACCUAAGAAACCGGGGUGGAUUGUCUGGGGUGUGUGAGGAUGAGGUACCAGUUGAACCUUUUGUCCGAGCUAUUGAAUGGGGGGAUAUUAGCUUGAGGCAAUGGUUAGAUAGACCGGAUCGAUCCGUGGAUGCAUUUGAAUGCUUGCAUAUAUUUAGGCAAAUAGUAGACAUUGUUAAUGUAGCACAUUCAGAAGGAAUUGUUGUUCAUAAUGUGAGGCCUUCCUGCUUUGUUAUGUCGUCUUUUAAUCGUGUCUCUUUCAUCGAGUCUGCAUCUUGCUCAGAUUCUGGCACUGAUUCUCCCGAGGAUGGGUUAAAUAGCCCUACCCUGGAAGCUAAGAAGUUGACCUCUGCCUUGCAUCAGAAACGAAGCAACGCAGCAAGUGGGACUUUUCAAUUCAUGAAAGCUCCAGCAAAUGCUUUGUCAGAUACAAGUUGCAUGCAGUCAAGUUCAAUAUAUGCAGCACGCGAAUCAUUAAUGCAGCAGAGUGAAGAACAUAGAACCAGAGAGAGGAGUGCUCAACUAGAAGAUAAGAGACAGCCAUUUCCAAUGAAACAGAUAUUGCAUAUGGAGAGCAGUUGGUAUACAAGUCCUGAAGAAGUUUCUGGUGGUCCAAGUCCUUGUGCUUCAGACAUUUACCGAUUAGGAGUUCUUCUAUUUGAGUUAUUCUGCCCAUUCAGCUCAAGAGAAGAAAAGAGUAGGACAAUGUCUAGUCUGAGACAUCGAGUUCUACCUCCGCAGUUGCUGUUGAGAUGGCCAAAAGAAGCUUCAUUUUGCUUAUGGCUACUGCACCCUGAGCCGAAUAGUCGGCCUAAAAUGGGUGAGUUGCUAGAGAGUGAAUUUCUUAAUGAACCAAGAGAUGAUUUAGAAGAACGUGAGGCAGCAAUAGAACUUAAAGAGAAAAUAGAGGAGCAGGAGUUAUUGCUAGAUUUUCUCUUGCUUGUAAAACAACGGAAACAGGAUGCUGCAGAUAAGUUGCAAAAUACUGUUUCAUUUCUCUGUUCUGAUAUUGAAGAAGUUGUUAAGCAUAAAACAAGUUCUAAGGGAAAAGGUGGUUCAUUCCCAGAUCUGGUAAAGGAAGAUCAUUCAACAUCAAGUUUCCCAUCUCCGAAUAUUAUUGAUGAUGAUGGUUUGGCUAGUGGAUCCAGAAAACGGUUCAGACCAGAUGUCCAAGUUCACAAUGGAGAGGAGUGUGAUGAUAAUUUGGAGGGUCAGAAGUCAGAUAGUGAAAAUCAAGAAAGUAUCCUUUUGAGAAGUUCCAGAUUGAUGGACAAUUUCAAAAAGCUAGAGUCGGCAUAUUUUUUAACGAGAUGGAGGCCAAUCAAGCACUCAGCCAAGCCAUUGACAAGACAUUCAUCAAUAAGUAGUGAUGGUAGAGGUUCUAUUAUUGCAACUGAAAGAAGUUCUGUGAAUAAUUUGACAUCAAAAGAACAUCAUGGUGAAGGUAGACGAAGUGGUUGGAUAGAACCAUUCCUUGAGGGAUUAUGCAAAUAUCUAUCUUUCUCAAAAUUAAAAGUUAAGGCUGAUUUAAAGCAGGCGGAUCUUCUAAAUUCCUCAAAUCUAGUAUGCUCACUUAGUUUUGAUCGCGAUGGAGAAUUUUUUGCUACAGCUGGUGUUAAUAAGAAAAUCAAAAUAUUUGAAUGUGACUCGAUCAUAAAUGAGGAUCGUGACAUCCAUUAUCCUGUGGUGGAAAUAGCUACCAGAUCAAGGCUAAGCAAUAUAUGUUGGAACAGUUAUAUCAAAAGCCAGAUUGCUUCAAGUAACUUUGAAGGUGUAGUGCAGGUGUGGGACGUUACAAGAAGUCAAGUACUCAUGGAGAUGAAAGAACACGAGAAGCGUGUAUGGUCCAUUGACUUUUCAUCAGCAGACCCGACAAUGCUGGCCAGCGGGAGUGAUGAUGGUUCUGUUAAGCUAUGGAGUAUCAAUCAGGGAGAAAGUAUUGGUACAAUAAAAACAAAGGCCAACAUUUGCUGUGUGCAGUUUCCUUUGGAGUCUUGUCGCUCACUUGCAUUCGGUUCAGCGGAUCAUCAAAUUUAUUACUAUGAUCUUCGUAAUGCGAAGGUUCCUCUUUGUACCUUGAAGGGACACAACAAAACUGUGAGUUAUGUCAAGUUCAUAGACCGGACAAAUCUUGUUUCUGCCUCCACCGAUAACACUCUGAAGCUUUGGGAUUUGUCAACAUGCACAUCUCGAGUCAUAGACAGUCCGGUUAUGUCACUUACAGGUCACAUGAAUAUGAAGAACUUCGUGGGUUUGUCAGUUUCUGAUGGUUAUAUUGCUACCGGCUCAGAGACUAAUGAGGUUGUCAUCUACCACAAGGCAUUCCCAAUGCCGGCAUUGUCAUACAAGUUUCAAGCCACAGACCCCCUUUCAGGCCAGGAUACAGAUGAUGCUGCACAAUUUAUCUCAUCUGUUUGUUGGCGUGGCCAAUCCUCUACCUUAAUUGCUGCAAAUUCUACAGGGAAUAUCAAAAUCCUGGAGAUGGUUUGAUUUUAUUGAACCUUCUAUUCAUGGUAAUUCUUGAUUCUGGCUGGAUGGAUAUUGAGAAUGGGGUAAAGGAUUCUUAUGCCAGAGAAGCUUAUAGGAAUUCAUGGUUGCAAGCAACAUAACAAAUUUUGGUAUUAGAUAAUAGCGGGUUAAUGUCUUGACUUGAUGUUCCAAUGCUAUUUGUAGAUAGAAAUUUAAAGGAAAAAAGAUAGGUAAAAAAUGGUAUUUCUGUAUAAAAUUACAAUUCAAAAUCAAUCUAUUUUAAGCUUC